AUGAGAAAAGAGCAAAAAGUGGGGAGAGUUGUUCUAUUGAAGGCCACAUAUGUUCCCUCAUUAACGCACUGUCUCGUUCUUUGUUGCCUCUAUCAACCUUUUCUCUUCCCCAAAAUAUAUAAUAUUGAUUUUGAUAUUUCCUCGGAAGUUUGCUACUUCCUGUUAAUACUCGAAACUAAUAAUCAAAUUCAUAAACAAAGGGAACGUAGUAUUGGAAUUUUCAGAUCACGACUGUUUGAUUCAGUCAUAAACAAUGUCGUGUUCAUCAUCGUCGUCGGCGUCGGAAGAUGAAGAUGAAGGAUUCGAUUCUUACCGGAAGGGAGGUUACCAUGCGGUGAGAGUCGGCGAUUCAUUUUCCGGUGGCCGAUAUAUUGCUCAGCGAAAACUCGGCUGGGGAGAGUUUUCCACCGUUUGGCUCGCUUAUGAUACUCGAUCAUCCGGUUUUGUUGCCUUGAAGAUCCAGAAAAGUGCACCACAAUUUGCUCAGGCAGCUCUUCAUGAAAUUGAAGUCCUUUCUGCAAUUGCCAAUGGUGAUCCAUCUAAUAAUAAAUAUGUUGUACGGCUUGUUGACCAUUUUAAGCACACAGGCCCUAAUGGACAGCACUUAUGCAUGGUUCUUGAAUUUCUCGGUGAUAGCUUAUUGCGGCUUAUCAAGCAUAAUCACUAUAAGGGCCUUGAACUGAACAAAGUUAGGGAAAUAUGCAAAUGUGUUUUGACUGGUUUAGAUUAUUUGCAUGGGGAGCUUGGAAUUAUUCAUACAGACUUGAAACUUGAAAAUAUUCUUUUACUUUCAACGAUUAAUACCACAAAAGAUCCCAUUAGAUCCGGAAUGACUCCCGUACUUGAAAGGCCUGAGGGGAACCCUAAUGGAGGAGUAACAAUGAAUAUCAUUGAGAAAAAGCUGAAGCAAAGGGCAAGAAGAGCAGCAGCUAGGAUAUCAGGAGGACAGGCUUCAAUGGGUGGGGUAGGAGGGACUCGAAAACCAAAUAGAUCUCUUGAUGGGAUUGACUUGAGGUGCAAGGUUGUGGAUUUUGGAAAUGCAUGCUGGGAAGAUAAGCAAUUUGCACAAGAAAUUCAAACAAGACAGUACAGAUCCCCUGAAGUUAUUCUUCAAUCUGGAUAUUCAUUCUCUGCUGACAUGUGGUCUUUUGCUUGUAUUGCAUUUGAGCUUGCUACUGGUGAGAUGAUGUUCACUCCCAAAGGCGGAGAAGGUUUCACCGAAGAUGAGGAUCAUCUAGCUAUGAUGAUGGAGCUUCUAGGAAAGAUCCCUCGGAAGAUAGCCGUUGGUGGGGCGAGAUCCAAAGAUUAUUUUGACAGGCACGGAGAUUUGAAGAGGAUCCGUAGACUGAAAUAUGGUUGUCUAGAUAAAUUACUUAUUAACAAAUAUAGAUUUUCUGAAAGUGAUGCUCAUGAGUUCACGGAAUUUCUCGGUCCUCUUCUUGAUUUUGAGCCAGAAAAGCGGCCAACUGCUGAGCAGUGCUUGCAACACCCGUGGCUCAACUUUAAAAAUUUGAAGCAAACAGAGGUGAAAAGUGAAUCAGGUGUGGAAAAGGUCAAUGUCGGUAUGAGCAAGCUACAAAUUAAGGUGGGUAAGUGAUAUUGGGAUGAAUAGUCUUCUCACAGCUUAUGUCCCACUCUCCAUUUGCAUCAGUGCCACUUGUGAUUUAACUUUUGGAUUGUUUUAGUUUCUUAGUAAGAUUUGAUUCAUUCAUUAGCUGUGUAUUAGUAGUUUUGGAUGAUCAUGACGGGGAAAUGACUUUCGAAGGAGAAAUUUCACCUCACUCCUGAUUCAUGGUUCUAAUGAGUCAACUGUCAUUGAAGGAAUGAUUCCUUUUUUCCCAUGAUAAAGCAGUUGCCCGUAAUGACUGCAGUAUGGCAUCAUUUGAACUCAGCAUUAUCCACCAAGGCAAUAGACUUUGGCUGCGUGAGAAAGUUAGCUUUAUGAGUCACUCUGAAGAAGUAUUGAGGAACCAUACGAAUAGGAGAAAUAAAAAGGGUUUGCUUUUGUAUACUCAACAUUGGAAGGGAACAGCUGAGACCCUUGUUCAUUUAUUUGCCUCGACUUUCUAAUGGACGCUAGCUAUGCAAAAGCUGGCAAAGGAUUUCUAUCUAAUGUUGAGGUCCCCUAUGACAGGACAUAAAAUUUUUGUAUACACGAUUUUGAAAUUUUGUAAGUUGUUCCCUCUACUUUUUAUCAUAUGUAUUCCACAUCUCUUGUAUCUUUGAAAAAUGUGGAAGCAAAUGUUUUGUAUUUUUUGACCGAAAGAGAAUGAUAUGAAACAAUUGUUUUCAGUA